GUUUUUUUUUUUUUGACGGGAAAGUAUGAGGAAGUUGGAUCUCAUUCUCAUGCUCCUUACCAUUUUAUAAAUAUUUUAGUACCAUAGUCUUAUUUUGAUGUACCCAUUAUUUUUGUUUUUGUAGUGCAUAAAAAAACUAGACAACCCAUAAAGCAAGGGCUCUGCUACAAAAACACCAUUUUUGUGCGCCUUAAAUCUCUCUCUCCUUUCUUUUCUCUCUUGAUUCAGAAUCUAAGGUUAAACCCAAAUCAAGGGAAAAAAAAAGAUCUUUUUUUCGCCCAAAUUUUUUCAGGAUUUUGAUGAUUCUUGGUUAAAAACACGCAUCAAAUUGGAAAGUUUGAAGAAAAGGUGUUGUGCAGACUAACUUAUCAGAGGUUCUGCAAAAGAUGAGGUGAAUAAGCUGGUGGUGCAUUUGCGGAAAUGAAGGGAGGAAAUCUCCAAAGAGCCAGGGGAAAGCAAUUCUCUUUCACUCUACUGGCUGUCGUAUGCAUGACUGUAUUCCUUUGGUCUUAUGAGAGAAGACCUGUUCUCACAAAUAUAUUAUUGUCCCAGGAUAACUUGAUUUUACCUUCAGAUGUUUUUGAUGCAGCUUCACACAUUUCUGAAGAUCUUAUCAAUCCAGAAGAUGUUCCUGUUCAAGAACCUCGACAUGUAAACAAUGAGACAGAAGAAAAAACAGUACCACAGAUAUCGAAUAUUGAGAAUAAAGAAGAAACAGAAGAAAGAGUAAACCCCCGGAUGUCCAUUGUUGAGAAUAGAGAACCUGCGGCCGAAGAGUCAACCGUAACAGUUGAAGAUGACAGUGAUUCCAUAUCCUCAUCUGUGCAGAGCUCCUCAUCUCAUAACAAGGUGUGUAAUUAUGCGAAGGGUAGAUGGGUUGUAGAUAACAGACGACCAUUGUAUUCUGGCUCAAAAUGCAAGCACUGGCUAUCAGAGAUGUGGGCUUGUAGAUUAACACAACGCCCAGAAUUUGGUUAUGAAGCUUAUAGAUGGCAACCAGCAAAUUGUGAUAUGCCAGACUUUGAAAGAUCUUCAUUUUUGAAAAGGAUGCAAGAUAAGACUAUUGCUUUUGUUGGCGAUUCCUUGGGCAGGCAACAGUUCCAGUCUCUCAUGUGUAUGGUUACUGGUGGUGAAGAGAUUCCUGAAGUUCAAGAUGUGGGGAAAGAAUACGGAUUAAGCACCCCACAUGGUGCUUCCCGUCCCAAUGGUUGGGCCUUCCGAUUCCCGGAAACCAACACCACAAUACUGUACUACUGGUCAUCCUGCCUCUGUGACCUUGUUCCUGUCAACAGUAAUGACCCUGCCUCUGAAGUUGCCAUGCAUUUGGACCGUCCCCCGUCUUUCUUGAAGCAAUAUCUCCACCGGUUUGAUGUUCUGAUUUUUAAUACGGGUCAUCACUGGAAUCGAGGUAAGGUUAAUGCAAAUCGAUGGGUGAUGUAUGUUGACGGGAAACCAAAUCAAAAUAGGAGGCUGGCAAUGAUUGGAAAUGCUAAGAAUUUCACAAUCCAUAGCGUCGCCAAAUGGCUUGAUUCACAGCUUCCUUCACAUCCCCGGUUGAAGGCAUUCUUUCGGACGAUUUCACCAAGGCAUUUCUUUAAUGGGGAUUGGAACACCGGGGGGAGCUGUGAGAACACAACUCCUAUGGCCCGAGGAAGUGAAGUGAAUCAGGACGAGUCAAGUGAUCAAGUUAUUGCGAGUGCUGUCAAGGACACAAAGGUAAAACUGUUGGAUAUCACGGCUCUCUCUCAGUUAAGAGACGAGGGGCAUAUAUCACGGUAUAGUGUAAAAGCGUCUUCGGGAAUACAAGAUUGCCUGCAUUGGUGCCUACCCGGGAUUCCUGAUACAUGGAAUGAAAUACUUGCUGCUCAAUUGUAGUCUCAUCCUUUGUAAUCCUAUACUACAAUUUAGUGAAAUCAGUGGCCAUAUUUGGCGAUCCAGGACGCCAUUGCUUAUGUUAAUCUUGCUAGAAGUUAGAGUGAAGUCUGUUGUUUAUAUGCUAGAACAGAUUUCUCUAAGAUGUUGACUAGGGUUAGGGAAAAAUGGUAAUGCCAUAUUUCACAUUCCAAUACUCUUAUUUUACACCCACAACUAAAUAGUAAACAAUAAGACCUAUGUAUCAUGUAUGUGCUAGAUUUUAGUAUCACAUACAUCUCCACCGAAAAUGAACCUAGGAGAACUUGUUCUAUAUGCAUUAUCUAAUUAGUUUUUUUC